AUGCGAGCGAUUCCCGGAGCUACUCGACGAUCUUCGAGAUUUCCGGUGUCAUUUCGAUCGUUCACGACUUUCACGACUUUCUGGCCAUUUUCCUCCUUUACCGGGCCCGAUGCUGAGGAAAUAUUUGGUGAUUCGAUGCGGAAGCGUUUCCUACUCGAUCCCCGAUACAUCUACUCGAUGAACACGGUCUUUUGCUGGAUCGAGCAACUAUUUGAUGCUGUGGACUAUUUGAAGCGAAACGACACAAUCCACCGAGACAUAAAGCCGGAAAACAUCUUUGUGACCGAGGAUUUUGCUUUGAAGCUCGGUGACUUUGGAAGCAACAAGAUCAGUGAAAUGACUUGUGCUGGCACUUUCGUUGGAACGUUUCGAUAUAUGAGCCCUCCACAGAGUGAAGAGAUGGCGAGAAGUUCGACGAUGGAGGUU